UGCACACACACGCACACGCCUUCUCCAACCGCAAAGCCCGGAACGACAGAGAGACCCAGCGAGUCCCACACACGCGCACUCAGAGAGCGCCUUCCUGACGGACUUUCUUCUCCUUCCUCUCAUCCUGUGUGCACUGUAGCGAUCGAGCCUGGAUUUCCUCCCCCCGAGCAUGAAAAGGAUUGCCAGGAUUGCCAAAUUAGCCGCAAUCCAGCAGCAGCAACAGCAGCAGCAGAAGAAGCAGAAGAAGCAGCAGCAGAAGCAGCAGCAGAAGAAGCAUCGCCGUCGCCGAGCACCGGAUGCUCCAGCAGAAGUUGUUAGCUGCGCAAGUCACACGGGGGGCCGAGACUCGGAGGGGAGCGUCUGAUUAAGGGCUGUGGGUGAGCUGGAGACUAUCCCAACUGAUUUUGGACGAGAGGCGGUGUACACCCUGGAUUGGUCACCACCCAACCGCAGGGUCUCCACAUAAUGGAGCGAGAAUGAACAGAGAGCGGCUGAAAAAAAAGCAUGAACUGGAGGUUUAUUAAGGUCAUCUGCUUCCUGUUUAUAUGGGACCAUAUAACAGUUCAGUCUUCCCGCCAAGACCCGUUGGCCACUGAGCAACAUGUCGCCAAGCAGUAUGACUGGCUCAUCUCCGACCGCGGACCAUUCCACCACUCACGCAGUUAUCUGUCCUUUGUGGAUAGAUUCCGCCAAGGAUUCACGACCAGAUAUAAAAUUUAUAGGGAAUUUGCACGUUGGAAGGUGAGGAACACAGCGAUCGAAAGGCGGGACCUGAUCCGGAAUCCCGUGCCCCUCAUGCCCGAGUUCCAGCGCAGCGUCCGCUUGCUCGGCCGCAGACCAACCACGCAGCAGUUCAUCCACACCAUCAUUAAAAAAUAUGGGACCCAUAUUCUCAUCUCGGCCACGCUGGGAGGGGAGGAGGCACUGACGAUGUAUCUGGCCAAAAACAAGCUGGACAGGAAGCUCACCAACGCCACUCAAAAUGUGGAAGCACUCCACCAGCUGGCCUCCUCCUACUUCAUCGACCGUGAUGGCACAAUGAGGAAGCUGCACGAGAUCCAGAUCUCCACAAAUGCCAUCAAGGUGACAGAGACACGUACAGGCCCGCUGGGAUGCAGUAGCUACGACAAUCUGGACUCGGUCAGCUCCGUCCUGUUGCAGAGCCCGGAGAGCAAGCUUCAUCUCCAAGAAACCCAUCCAUCCAUCCAUCCAUUUUUUGAGCCGCUUCUCCUCACUAGGGUCGCGGAGGUGCUGGAGCCUAUCCCACUAUCAUCGGGCAGGAGGCGGGGGCUUCAGGUCAUUUUCCCGGAGUACCUACAGGAGAAAUUCGUCCAGUCGGCUUUGAGCUACAUUAUGUGUAAUGGAGAAGGGGAGUACCUGUGCCGCAACAACCAGUGCAUCUGCCAGUGUGCAGACGAGUAUCCCCAGUGCAACUGUCCCAUCACUGACAUCCAGAUCAUGGAGAACACGAUGCUGGGCAUGGCCGAGUCAUGGGCAUCCUCCUACAAAGACUUUGAGAACUCCGAUGAGUUCAAGUCCUUCCUGAAGAGGCUGCCCUCCACUCACUUCCUGCCCAUCAAUAGCGUGCACUUGCUGUGGGGCAGCGACUGGGACCUGCAGGCUCGCUACAGGCUGCUCCAGGGCUCCCUAGAGGUCCAGCGGCUGAAGAUCCAGCGCACUGCCCGCAAGCUCUUUGGCCUCAGCAUCCGCUGUCACCACAAUCCCAACCACCAGAUGCCUCGGGAGAGGUCUGUGAUGCAGUGGCUCAACCGGGUCCAGUCCUUCCUCUACUGCAACGAGAACGGCUUUUGGGGAACCUUCCUGGAAAGCCAGCGAACAUGUGUGUGCCAUACGGGUGUCACCCUGUGCCAGCGCCCUAUCCCUUGCAUCAUCGGGGGCAACAACAGCUGCGCCAUGUGCAGCUUGGCCAACAUCUCACAGUGUGGCUCGUGCAACAAGGGCUACAAGUUGUACCGUGGCCGCUGCGAGCCCCAAAACGUGGACUCGGAGCGAAGCGAGCAGUUCAUCAGUUUCGAAACUGACCUGGACUUUCAGGACCUGGAACUGAAGUACCUGCUGCAGAAAAUGGACUCGCGUCUGUACAUCCACACGACGUUCAUCAGCAACGAGAUCCGCCUGGAGACUUUCUUUGACCCACGGUGGCGUAAGCGCAUGUCCCUGACACUCAAAAGUAACAAAAACCGCAUGGACUACCUCCACAUGAUCAUCGGUCUGUCCAUGAAGAUCUGCCAGAUGCGGAACAGCAGCAUCGACCCCAUGUUCUUCGUCUACGUCAACCCGUUCAGCGGCAGCCACUCGGAAGGCUGGAGCAUGCCCUUCGGUGAGCACGGUUACCCCCGCUGGCAAAAGGUGCGCCUGCAGAACUCCCAGUGCUUCAACUGGACCCUUUUGCUGGGCAACCGCUGGAAGACCUUCUUCGAGACCGUGCACAUCUACUUAAGGAGCCGAGCCAAGAUCCCCACCGGCCUCCGCAACGACACGGGUCCCGUCGAUCUGGCAGACCCCAACAAGCGGCAGAUCUACAUCAAAAUAUCCGACAUCCAGGUGUUCGGCUACAGCCUGCGCUUCAACGCCGACCUGCUCCGCAGCGCCGUGCAACAGGUGAACCAGUCGUACACACAGGGAAGUCAAUUCUACUCGUCGUCGUCCGUCAUGCUCCUGUUGCUGGACAUACGGGAUCGGAUUAACCGCCUUGCCCCUCCGUCUGCGCCCGGCAAACCCCAGCUGGACCUCUUUUCCUGUAUGCUAAAGCAUCGGCUCAAGCUGAACAACAGUGAGAUGAUCCGGGUCAAUCACGCCUUGGACAUGUACAGCACAGAGAUACUAAAACAAUCAGAUCACCUGACUGCAAAACUGUGUUGAUCGCUUUAAAACGUCAACAUAAGAACGGAAAACGAUACUGAAACACCCCCGCAAAUGAACUGAACAUCUGGGGUGGGCUCUUGUUUCAUUUUUUCUUUUGCCUUUUUUUCCUUUUUGGACCUUUUCUGCCUUUUUGAUGUAACUCAAACUUUGUAAGCAUACUUCGUAAAAAGGGGGGAAAGGUGGAAAAGGCAUCACUGAAAGGAAGAAUUUAACCAGAAGUAAUAUAAAAGGACUGUAACAUAUCUGUCCAAGCAUGUGUGUCACAAAGAACUUAUGUCAGAGAGAGAGAGAUUAAAAAAAAUACUCAUGAUAAAGAGGCCUUGACUGGAACGUUGUAUCUGAAACUGCCAUUCUUCUUUACCUGCGAAAUUAAAAAACACAAAAAACAUUUUUAACAAAAAAAAUCAAUCAAUCAAGCGGGCAGACCAGAUAUCCUUCCAUUUCUGCUAACAUGCAAAGUUCAAAUGUUUAUAUUCACCCUAAAGAUUUAAAAAGAGCCCUAUAGCGUGUAACGUAGCCAACAAAUUUAUUAUCGGGUCUUUAUUACUUUUCCAACCCUCAGCGAGUCGGUGAGUUAUGAAGCACUCGGUCAUCAUUCUGACAUGCAAGGCACAUGCAGCAGGCCGCUAAUGGAUUGUCAUGUCAAAUAACAAAAAGCCAGCUGUUUAUAUAUAUAUAUAUAUAUAUAUAUAUAUAUAUAUAUAUAUAUAUAUAUAUAUAUAUAUAUACAUACAGUAUACAGUGUAUGUGUGUGUCUGUGUGUGGGCGUGUAUAUGUGUAUGUGUGUAUGUUGACGCAUAACUUUUUUCUUUGUGUUUUCAGUUUGAAUUUAUUUUUUGUUCUUGUGGAUUCACAAGGCACUACCUUUACUACAGCGUGAGUGCAACAUCGUCGUGGAUUUAACGCUAAUUUUGUACUGCUUUUGCGUUAAACAGACAAACAAACAAAAUGAAAAAAAAUGCAAAAAUGUUGUGACAGCUGGUUUGUGGAGCUUUUUGUAGGGCACCAAAAUGUUAGCGUUCAUCAUUCAGGCACAUUGACGAAAAGCCAUAAACGCCCCCACCCCCUCCACCCCUAACUGGAAUAAUGGCUCAACCCAUUUCAUUUUACACAUACUAGAGAAUGUUUUGCUUCUCUCUUAGUUGAUUUUAGAUAAAAGCACAGCAAACAGUAUGUUGGCGAGCCAUUGAAUUUCUACGUUGCGCUGCGAAAACGACAAAUAUUCAAAUCUAAAAUAUUAACAUAUUUUAAUCUGGAAUCCUUUUAUUAUCAUUUGUUUUGUUUUUUCUAUUGAAACAUACACCUAUACAGUGUGUAUAUUUUUAUUUUUCUUAGUUAUCCCAGAUGACUAUGUAUAUAAUCCCAUUUGUUGAAAUCAGCGUUUGUCUCACGUCUUUGCGGGUGAAGCCUGUUGAUCUGGUGUCUUUAUUAUUCUAUUGGCACACAAAAAAAAUAUAUGACCCCAGCUGAGUUGCAGAGCAAAUCCCUUGAGAUUUAACUUGUGUUUUGGUUAUCUUGCUAUAUAUUGCCGCUUUACUGUUUAGUGUGACACUAAGUCUUGUGGAGAUUGCAGAGGCACAUAUUCCAUCCAUCCAUCCAUCUAUUUUCUGAGCCGCUUCCCCUCACUAGGGUCGCGGGCGUGUUUUUAAAUCAACCAAUUUUUUUUCUUUUCAAUUUCUGUCACAAUUUACAGUACUUAAGUAUAUUAUGGAAAAUUGACCUUUUAAUUGCUUGUACACACAGGUGAGUCUCUAGAGUGCCUGUCCACUCGUCAAGUGUGAAAUUACACAACCACGUAAAUCUUUUGUGAGCUAUUUCAAAAAUUUUCAGAUUUUUUUGCAGAAUUUACAUAAUCCGGCCUCCACACCAAUUUUCUCCGCCCAUGAUUUAGCAGGGAGACUGAGCGAAGCACAAACACGAAUGUUCGACUAAGUUGUCGACAGGGGGAUAUUUGUGUGGGGAUCUGCUAACUCUCUGACAAGUUUAUUGGGCGUCUUGGUGAUGAUGAAGUGCUGCCUCCAUGACUGAAAUUACAAUCGAUGCUUUUUACUGUCUUUAUGGGGGCUUACCUGUGCUCCGCAGUUUGGACUCGUUUUUUUAGAUUGGGGCUCAAUAAGGAGCCUCUAGUCGUCACGGUAAGGAAAGCCACACUCGUCGUUAGCCCCACAGUCGAGGGGGCCGGGCUCGUCAAAUCUAAUUUCAAAUCUUAUUUCAGUAAGGCUACAAACAACAAAAAAAUGAACAAAUGAAAAAAAUUCUUGAUCCUUGGGCUAUUUUUGACAAAAGCCUGUCACAGACCUAAUGACACGUUGUAACUGUUUUUAAAUUGUAGAAAAAAAAGAAAAAAAAACAUUAUAUGUCUCCAUCAACUUCAACUUGUACUCUCCCAAUGAUUUACUUUGUGUUUUUUGUUGAUCUUGUGUGUGAUUUACUGAAUUGCAAAAUUCCAUUUGUGUGACUCGGUUAUCAUUUCAAGUGGUAAACCUUGUAUAAGUUUCAUUGUCAAAAUUAAAAAUACAAAGCUGUUACAAAAAAAGGUUCUACCCCCAAAAAAAAAAACACUUUAAGUGCCAUUUUAUCGUAUUACUUUAUUACGCUCAGCUACGAAUUUUCAGCUUAAUAGCUUGCUAAUAUGGACAUGGUAGAACGUGGCAUAACAUCCGCAGUACAGCGUUGCAUGCUAACAUUUAUUGUCUUCUGUAUUGUAUAUUACUUAAAAGUUGACUUUCCAGACACUGAAAGCCGACACCUUUUAUGUUAAUUAAUACGAUGGUCUACGUGAUUUUCACUUUCGUUUGGCUCUUGUGUUCAACCACUUUUUUUUCUCUCUUUUUUUUUAUUGCGAGGUCCGCUGGCGCCUUUGUACGGGGGUUUGCUAUUCCUGAAACUUUGCCUGAAUGCCUCAUGUGAUUUGACUUCAAAACAGAAGAUGCGCCAAAUAGUCCCCGAUUCGUUUGCAUAAAUUCGGACAAUUCCUAAGAAAUGCUAUCACAUAAUUCUUGUAUUUUAAAUCUCCUCUUAAGGAGUGUUUGCUGUUUUUUAAACAGCAAACAUCAAAUUGUGUUGCCAAUUACACACCAUAGAUUUUAAAGUGAUAUCCCUAUUGCGGUAAUGUAAAUUAGGCCCGUGUAUUAGCACAAAGGGGGGGGGUCCUCAUCUGGUUUAUGACACUAUGAGACUGUUUUUACAUUAUCAGGACCAUUUUUACAUUUGUUUACUUUUGUUGUUGAGCCACUGCAAGGUCCAUAAAACAAGCAUGUUUUUGGUGUUUAUUUUGUUCUAUAUAUCACAAACUGACAGAGUAAAGCCAUUCCUAUAAGGAUUCGAUUACAGCCGCUCACACUUGCCUGUGUUAAAAAUAUAGCUAUUUUUCACAUUUAUAAGGGGGUCAUUCGUUAUGUUUAUGGCGAGUGAUGUACAGAAAUUCAAACUAUCAAAGGGAAACUCCUAAUCUACCAAAUAUAUUAUGAGUGAUAAACUGUAUUUUUUUAAUUUUGAGCCCAGGCAAAACCAGUUUGUGAAUGUUCCACUACUUGCGAUGUAUACAGUUGAACUAAAUUAACGGCAGUCAUUUACGCAUCCCGCAUCAUGCUAUGUAGUGUUGCUUAUAUGUAUCCAUUAAAUGUGUCCUAAGAAGAAUUUUGCACCUAAUAUCUUGCCAAUGUAAUGUUUUUUGUUCCCCCCCUGUUCUGUUGAGGUCAUGAUAGCAGCUUCUUUCAAUGAAUGUUUCAUAUUAUAAUCUAUUUCUCAUUAAAAGGCUAUAUUUAAUAAUAA